AUGGACGAUACAACAGGUUCCAGAGUGUUCGAGCCACUCGAUCUCAACUCUAUAUCAUUGAUUUCAUCUACUUCCUCCACGAACAAUCGCACCACAACAAACAACAACAGUUUUAUGUCAAAUUUAGCAUCGAAACCCUCUACACCGACUUUGCUCAGCAGAGAUGAUGAAAACAACACUCCCUUAAAAUGGCAAUUUGAUAAGAAAGAAUUCAGAUUUCAAAGUAACAGUACCCCUUCCAAGAAGACUCCAAAGUUACACCAUGAGCAAUUGUUGAAUGUUCGUAAAAGGAGAGCUCAGUUAAUAGGUGCCAAACCAAAAGUUCAAUCGAAGUUAAAUCAAUCUACCUCUAAGCUGGAUUUAUUGGAAGACGAUAAGAUAACGAGCCUCCCAUUGGUGCCACCCAUUGAUAUAAACAAGGAUAGUCGCAUCUUGUCAGACGAUGAAACUAAUGAACGUACAACGAUAAAAAGGCACAAGUUAAAUCCUGUAAAUGAACUGAGAAUUCAUCACAAUAAAAUAAACAGAUACAUAAGUUACGGUUCGUCCACAGAAAUAGAAAAUGAUCAGCCAAUUAUUCUUGUUGAAGAUUAUAUACCACAGGUGGAUGAAAAUAGGGCAAUCACAAAGAAAAGAGUGUCAAUGUCUGAUUUAAAAAGGAAAAUGAACGCAAGGAACGAUAAUCAUUUACCAGUGAAGAGAAAAACUUUCAAAAAUGAAGCGAUUGCUGAAGAAGAUUGCGAACCAAUGGCUCUCAGAGCGUAUAUUUUUGAUGAAGAAUCAGAUAAUGAGGGUUUAAACGAUUCCAUCAGAAGUAUACCACUAAAUAGUAUCAUGAAAAGUAUCAUAGAUACAUGCAAUAAUACCCAUGCUGAUUUUGGAGAUAAAUAUUUAGCAGAAAUGACUGUUAAGUCACAAAUUAAGCAAUGUAUAGUGUGUGAAAGGCCCCUUUAUGAAUUAAGCUCUCUUAUGAAACAUCAAGUGCUCGAUUACAAAGAAAUUGUUUGUGAAAAUUGUACCGUAAAAUAUGAAGAAGCCGCCAAAUUCUUUGAAGAUUACGAAUUUGAAACAUCAGUAGAUGACUCAAAUAACGAGAGCAUGCUCAGCUGCAUUGAUAGCUCAGUAGGACCAUAUUUACCGAAUAAUAUAGUGAGUAAUUCCAUGGGGUCGUCAUAUGAAAAUGAUAAAGCAUACAGUAAAAAUUUAAAACACGAAAGAGAUCAAUUUUCCAAUGAAUUAAUCAGAACGCUAAGACUACAAUUGCAUGAAGAACCAUGCCAAAAUGGUACUACAAUCAAGAAUAACAAAGCAUAUUCUAGCCCAAAAAGCAUGAAUUGGUUUCUGGAAGCUAGAAGGAAAAUUAAAUGGAGAUGGCAAGUUAAUGGUUUCCUACCAUUCUUUUUACGUGAGAAUGACCACAACAAAACUUGUGAAGGUUCAUCAGAAAACAAAAAAUGA